AUGGGAUGGAAGGAAGCGAUGCUGGAGCUGUAUAAUGAGGUAUGGAGAAAAGGAAGUAUACCGGGGAUAUGGAAAAAAGCCAUAGUGAAGUUCAUACCGAAACCACAAAAAAGAGCUUUAAGACCAAUUUCAUUAAUGAAUUGUCUAGGGAAGCUGCUAGAGAGGAUGAUUGAGAGAGAUGGGUUGUCCGAGGAGACUGGGAAAGUAAUAGAAGCAUGGUUGAGGGAAAGGAAGGUGGAAAUUAGAAAUUUAGAUGGUAGGGCUAUUCUGAUGAGAUUGUUGAAGGGAUUACCGCAAGGAUCAGUCCUUAGCCCGUUGUUGUACAAUUUGUAUACGACAGGGAUAGUGGAAGGGAUGAGAGGAAUGGGAGUUCGCGUUUUACAGUAUGCGGAUGACAUAGUAAUAUAUGUAGAGAUAGAAGAUAGAAGGGAAGGGAAGAGGAGAAUAGAGAUGGCAAUGAGUAAGUUAAAAGGAAAUUUGGAGAACUUAGGGUUGGGUAUUGCAACGGAGAAGACACAAAUUGUAACAUACGGGGGCAAGAGAAAGAGAGGUAGGGGUGGGAAUGAAAAGUUUAAUAUUGUAGGAGAGAGAAUUAAGGGAGUAGAAGCGGCGAAAUUUCUGGGGAUGUGGCUGGAUGAGGCGCUAGACUUUAGGAGACAUACAGAGUACGUAGUAUCAAAAUUGAAGAAAAGAAUGAACAUUCUAAAAUGCAUUGGGGGGAUUAGGAAGGGAACGGAACCGGAAACGAUUGUUAAGAUAUUCAAAGCGUUGAUUAGGUCAGUAGUCGAAUAUGGGGGGCAGUUCUAUAUUAAGGAUAAGAGGAAUAGGGAGAAGGUACAAAAGAUACACAAUGCGGGUAUUAGAAUAGCGAUGGGAUAUAGAAUGUCGACUCCGAUUAACGUUAUGGAAACAGAAGCGGGAAUAAUGGACCUGGAGACAAGGUUGGAGAUACUGGUGGAAGGAUAUGUGGCAGGGAAGUUUUGGAUGAGGGAUAAUGAGGUGAUAGAGGCGAUUGAGAAUAGAAUAAAGUAUGGGGUUCCGAAGGAAAUAGAAGAGGGAAGGGAUAUGAUGGUGGACGCAUGGAGAAGAUUGGAAGAGAGGAGGGUAGGAAUGUAUAGGAGAAACAAGGAGGAGUAUGCUGGUAGGUGGAGAAAUUAUAGGAUGGAGAAAUGUAUAGAAUUGGAACUGGGCAAGUUGAAGCUGUUCGCAGAGGCGGAAGGGGUGAUAGAAAUAUAUACAGAUGGAUCUAAGAUAGAGGGUAGAAGGAAUGGGGGAGGAAGAGCGAUAGAAGUUGCGAAUAGAAAGUAUGGAGAAAAGAAGGUGCUGAUAUUGUCAGACUCAAUGAGUGCUGUAGGAAAAUUGGCUGUGGAUAGGGGAGGAUAUGAUGAGGGAGAUAUGAUAGACGGAAUAAGGAAUAGUGUAAAGAAAAGGAAUUUUAGGGAAGAGGGAGAGGUGGAGAAUGAUAGGAAGGUAGCGAUAGCAUGGAUUCCGGCACAUGUGGGAAUUGAAGAGAAUGAGAGAGCAGAUAUAGCAGCGAAGGAAGCAACGGGGGGUGAUGCGGAUUUUUGGGUAAAGUAUACGUUGAAGGAUUAUAAGAGAACGAUGAGAGAGAGAGGAUGGAUGAGAUCUAGGGAGAAACACCUUAGACAGGGUGAAUAUAAAGGUAGGAAAUAUUAUGAGGCGGAAUGGAAUAAUGUGGGAAAGGAGUUCCCAUGGUUCAAGGGUAUAGGACAACCAGAAAGAAGUACUGUAUGUAGUAUAAAUAGGAUCAGGGCAAAUCACUAUAACCUAAAGUGGUCACUCUUUAGGAAAUAUAUGGUGGAAGAUCCUUAUUGUGAUACAUGCGAUAGAGUAGAGGAUUUAGACCACGUUAUGUGGGAGUGUGAGAAGCGUAUGCCAAGGUUUAAAGAAAUAGAUAUGAGAGUGGGUUGUAUGAAGGAGCGAGAGAAUGGGAUGAGGAGCGAGGAGGAGUGGGAAAGAGAGUGUGCAAUGAAGUUGGCUGUGGGAGAGCUCGGG